UAGAAUACUUCGGCACUUCUGAUUGGUUGUUCAUCCUCGACGCGUUGACGCGACGCCUGUAUACUCGAUGCACUCAGUGGGACCGCGACCUAUCGCAUUAUAUCGCAUUUAAUCGCAUCAAAUCGCAUUCGUCAACCUGUGUAUCGAUGUGUCAUAAGGAACGAGAGCGCUCUAAAAGAUCGCUACCGCUGUCCUAAGGUUUACAAACAUUAGUAAACACACGGGAUAUAUCCGAGAAUCGCGAGAGCUUGUGGAUAGUUAGUGAAAUCCAUGGUUUCACUCCGGUACAAAUGUUUCCCAUGAAUAACGUGAGAAGGGUGACUCUGCUAGAGGACGAGGUAGUCGUGUUGGACUCAAGCCAAGAGUCCAUUGACUUGACCGAAGAUGAUCGUCCUAACCUCAACGUGUCGAUUCAUCCCGACUUGGAUCGAACCGUGUCAUUGGGAAAUCCAAGUAAGGAGUUUGUCCUGCUCGAUGAAGAGGUCGAUGCGUGUACAAGUGAUUCCAAGUCUCAAAUCUCCGAUUUAAACGAGAGCGUCAAACCCAUGGUUAAGGUUAUGUUUAGGGAUCAGAUAGUCGCUAGUAAAUAUAAGGAGAAGAUUAAAGAUUUCUUGCAAAAGUUGAUUUCAUCGAGCACCAAGGGAGGUAACGUGAAGUCUUCCAAGUUAUUAUUGGAAGUGUGGCACGGAGAUGUCGAGGAUGAACAAUCUGCAAAUGAAUCUGUGAUUAAUGUUAGCACGGAAAAUGAUGAGAGCCAAGAUACAAUUGAUAGUAUGCUCUUUACAAUUGAUAAGGAGCCACAGCUUAAGGAUGAUUUUGACGUUCCCACGUAUGGCAAGAAAUAUGACAAAACACUGCAAGGGUCUCCUAUGGAACCUGAAUCGGAGGAGACAGUGGUGCGCCCUAAAUUCUUGUGUUUCAACUGUAUGGGAGAGCAUAAUCUUCGCGAUUGUACACAACCACGUAUGCAAUCUAAUAUUAACAAAAACCGUAAAGAAUUUAACGCGAAAAAAGGUUUUAAAGGUAAUCACAGGGUUAUGAGGUACCAUGUUGAGGAGGAACAGAAAUAUGCACAUCUUGCUCCAGGUCAAUUGAGCAGUAGAUUAAAAAAAGCAUUGGGGGUUACAGAAAAUGAGCUACCGAGACAUAUAUACAGAAUGAGAAAACUUGGCUAUCCUCCAGGAUGGUUGGAAGAAGCACGUCUCCAACACUCUGGAAUAACAUUGUUUAGUUCCGAUGGUUCCAUAGUGGCUGAUCCAUCUGCAGAGCCUGGAGAAAUUCUUGAAAAGGAAGAUAUGGAUAGAUUUGACGUCAAGAAGAUCCAUGACUUUCCAGGCUUUAAUGUUCCUCCUCCUCCAGGAACUCUGGAUGAACACAGACGCUAUGGGGUCCCAAAGAUGCAAACGAAGCACAGUAAAGAAGUCAUGCUGUCCGUACUAAAGGACAAGAAGGCUGAUGAAGGAUACAAAAGAAAGAAGCUGAAACGUUCACCCGAUAAUGUACAUCUGGAUACGGAAGCAGUGCCUAGUGAAAUGGAAAUAGAAGAUCCAGAAGAUGGCGAAAUAGAAUCGGUAUCAGUUAAAGGGUUGUUUGUACCUCCACUCCCAUUGGAGCGAUUGGAGACUCCACCACCACCACCGCCACCACCGCCAUUACCACCACCACCACCACCUCCAAUGGAAGAAUUUGAUACUCAACCACAAAUAUCUGCUGCAUUUAAACUAUCGGAGAGCGAGACUCGACAUGUUGACUCUCCGUCCCUAGAGGAGUUGGAGUCCGCAAAGACGAAAUUGCUUGCUGAAUUGGACAACUCCAAUUCGCAAUCUACUCCGAUUAAAAGAAAGUCUCAGUCAAUGAAUCAGGAAAUGCCGCCACCGUCUGCAGAGUCUACUCCACAGUCAGUUAGUCGUAACCAGUCCAUAGAUUCUUCAAGGAUGACACCCAAUACGAGUCAUGGUUCCGUUAAGUCUGUCGACCUCGGGACUCCUAUUCUACAGAGUCUCUCACCAUACAGCAGGUUACCCCCUUCGGAGAAGUUUUCCAAGAAUAUCUGCGAUGUUAUAAAUUUUGAGAAUCUACCAGAUGCUACAGGAAAGUAUGAGCAGAUGUCUGGCAUCAUCCAGAAAGUCAGGGUCACUCUGGCGAAGCUUCAGCAGGAGUGAUGUCUAUGUACCCUGAAGCAACAGUCGUUUUUUAAAAAGAAUUUUAACCGGGUAAGUGAAGUGCGAUAAGUGUGUGCGUGAGUGUGAAUGUGUGUGUGUGUCUGCGCGCACGCGUGUGUAUGUAGGAAAGUGCUUCGAAAUUUAUCAUUGCGAAAUACGAGUCACUCAAAGUUUAGGAGUGAUUGUUUCAAGGGAGUGCUGCGGACGAUGAAGACAGUUCCUGCAAAGUUUUUAACACGUUGCGUACCGUGCUCUGCUCGCGUACCUUAUUUUACAUGAGACAUCUCUCGUGAUUUGUACGCAAUGUGCUAAGAUAACAAGAACCAAUAUUAAACGGCCCUCACCGACCGGAGUAUUCCCGAUGAAUAUCCUGGGCUCUGGUUUGUCAUUUUUACCGUGAAUAUGUAAAGGAUGUAAAGCAGUUUUAUAAGAAUUAUAGCAAAUAAACUAAGCAAUAGACAAAUAUGUGUAUCCAUGUAUUUGGCAAAUACGAAUAACGAGGACUUUUGUAGUUUGUAUGGAUCAUUCGUAAUCUGUGGAUGCAUCUUUUGCAAAUUUAUUCUGCUAUUGCUUUAGCUCAGAUUAUACAUACAUGUAUAUAGAGUUGACAAGAAUAGAAGAUGAAAUUUAUUUGCAUGUCCAAUUCUUGAAUUGAAUUGAAAUUUAUUUUAUUCUAUAUAUAAUACGUGUUCAAAGUAACAUAUUUGUGUAUUGUUUACUUUGGAAGUUACACAUUUAAAAGGACUGUGUGAGGACUUAAGUGGACUAUAUUUUUUAUAUACAGGCAAUAGAACAAAGUAAUUUGCCGUGUAACAUUCGCCUAUUGUUGAUACUUUUUAAAUAGUAAAUACCUGAAAUACUCUGAAUAAAUGUUUGCAGAAUCAAUUUCGAUCAAAGAUUCUCUGAAUGGCACGAUUAGUAUUUCUUUUUUUCUUAAAGGGCGAAUAAAAACUAGUGAAAUCUGCAAUGAUUAUAUUGCCUGGUGUAAAAAAUGAUGUAUGUAUGUAAUUAUUCUAAAUUGCUGAAUUAGCAACAUUCACAAGGUUUAUUAGAAUCGUUGCAAUGGCUAGACUAGCAAUGUAAGAGGAUUACGUACACAACUUUAACAUGAUACGUCCCACAUUCCUGUUCUAAGGCAUAAUAAAAUAGAAUAGAACCUAAGUCGUUGAUAGAAAUGUAUAAGCGCCGUCGAACUAAAUUAGAAAAAGGAGAUCAUUGAAUUGUACAAACGUAACGUUAUAGUGUUUACAUCUUAUGGAUAAAGCAUAUUUUUAAACAUGGGAGUAUAAGAAAUAAAUGCGGAGCACAGCUCGCAAUGAACUAA